AUGUUCUUUUCAAACGGCUAUCUCAAUACACUCACGAUAUUGCCAUUGCUGCUGAUCGGAAUUCAUUAUCCGUUUAAAAAGUUGUUGAGCUUUCUUGCGUUUUAUCCACCACCAACUCCGAAGGCUCAAUUUUCUACUUUUCAAAAGCUGUUAUUGCGUGAUUCGAGUAAUAGUAGUAAACGAACCAUUCCGUUUUAUUUCUUACAGGCUCUAGAUUCCAAGGUAAAAACAACCAUAUUGUUAUCACACGGAAAUGGAACCAAUAUUGUAGAAAUGUUACAAUAUGCAGAGUUUUUGAGAAGAACUUUGAAUGUUAAUGUAUUGCAUUAUGAAUAUUUUGGAUAUGAUCAAUGGCAAAAACCAUCGGAAGGAGAUGUGUAUGCCAGUGCGGAGGCAGCAUUUGACUAUUUGGUGAAGGAACAGAAAAUCGAUCCAUCUGAUAUUUAUGUUUUUGGAAUUUCAAUUGGCUCCGGUCCCUCUUGCCAUUUAGCUCACAAAUAUCAAAAUAUUGGUGGACUUAUUUUACAAACACCGCUAUUAUCGAUACUACAAGUUGGAUUAGGAAAGACAUUUAUGAAACCACUUUUACCAUUACUUCGACCCUAUGACAUGUUUUGCAAUAAUUACAAAAUACCUUCCAUUAAGGCUCCAGUGUUGAUUGUUCACGGGACUGAAGACUCCAUUGUUCCAUAUUCACAUGGAGUAGAAUUGUUUGAACGAGCUCAAAACAAAUUCAAGAUUGUGACCGUUCCCAAUGCCAAUCACAAUGACAUUUUCAAUUAUUUACAUCCUUCUGAAUAUAACCAACACUUGAUGGAAUUUAUUGAACAAACGAAAAACAAUGUUGCCAUGACUAUGGACUCGGCACGUAGAAAUUUGUAA